AUGAGCGAAGGGUAUCGCGUUAGCAAGAAGUUCUUUCCAGAGCUAUCUAUUAGUUUUGAGGAUCCUCGUGUUCGACUACACGUUGGUGAUGGCGCAGAGUUUUUACGUCAUUCAACUGAAGGAAAGUAUGAUGUCAUCAUUGUGGAUUCAUCUGAUCAUGUUAGACCUUCUCAGGAACUUGUUGAAAGACCCUUUUUUGAGGAGGUAGCGAAGUCAUUGAGGCAUGGUGGUGUUCUCUGUAACAUGGCGGAAAGUAUGUGGCUCCAUACUCAUCUAAUUCAAUAUUUGAUCUCCAUUUACCGCAUAACAUUCAAGGGUUCUGUCCACUAUGCCUGGACAAGUGUUCCUACAUACCCAAGUGGUGUGAUAGGUUUUCUACUAUGCUCGACUGAAGGACCGCCUGUUGAUUUCUUGAACCCUAUCAAUCCUAUUGAGAAAAUAGAAGGAGCUGUCGACUUCCCAAGGGAACUCAGGUUCUACAACUCAGAUGUAAGCAGAUUCAACAUCUCUCUUACUCUAUUUACAUUGUGUUGGAAAAAAUGA